AUGACAGUAACAAUAAUCUCCAACGUCCGCCUCUUCGACGGCACAAACGUCCACGACAAAGCUCGGGUAACCUUCGACUCAGACUCCGGAACCAUCCUCGAAGUCAACACCUCCCCCGACGCCAGCUCCGUCGAUCCAUCCGCCAACAGCAAAGCCACCACCAUCGACGGCGCCGGACACACCCUCCUCCCAGGCCUAAUCGAGGCUCACGUCCAUGUGUACGAUCUCCACCUCCCACCAGGCGCGGACCACGGCCAGGUUCUUCGCACGCCGCUGAAAUGUGGUGUGACUACGAUUUGUGAUAUGCAUAGUGAUCCAGACACGAUUCUUAAUUUCCGGAGGGAUAUUAAGGAGGAUGUUGAGGCGGCGAGGAAGGGGAAGGAGACGGUGAGCUUGUGUGAUCUGAAGAGUUCGCUGUAUGGUGCUACGAUUGAGGGGGGAUGGCCGAAGCCGAUUGUGCUUGCGCAUGAGCCGAGUGAUGAGCUCAAAGCCAAAGUCUCCAAAUGGCCCUCCCUGACCCCCUCCAACGCGUCCGAUUUCAUCGCAUCCCACAAAUCCACCGGCGCAGACUAUAUCAAACUCAUGCAAGAAAACUGCUGCUCCCUCGCCCUCCCCACCAACAGCAUCCCCGUCGCAAGCCUCGAGACCCAAACGGCCGUCGUCAACGCCGCCCACAAAGCCAACCUCCUCGUGGUCGGGCACGCCACCAGCCGUGAAAGCACGGAGAUCGUACUGAACUCUGGCGCUGACGGUCUUACUCACACGUUCAUCGACCAGUCUCCCACCGAGGACAUCAUCGAGCUAUACAAGAAGAACAACGCAUUCGUGAUUCCGACAUUGGUCGUGCUAAGCAGUCUAACCAACGAACUCCAGGACCUACGCGAGAAGUACGCGAAGAUCGCGUCUGAGCAUCUGGGAGUCAUUGACGAUUUCACGAAACAGACCAUGGUGGAAUUUCUUGGCAUGAAGGCGCCGCAGUGUGCGAUUGAGCAUGGCUUUGAGACGAUCAGGAUGUUUCGGAAGCAUGGUGUGGAUGUUGUGGCGGGGACCGAUAGUGCGGCUGGGUUGAAGGGGACGGGGAUUGGGCCGAGUUUGUGGAUGGAGUUGGAGCUGUAUGUUGAAAGAUGUGGGAUGAGUGUGAUCGAGGCGUUGAGGAGUGCGACGGGGGUGAGUGCGGAUAGGUUCAGGUUUGAUGAUAGGGGGAAGGUGGAGGUGGGGAGACGGGCGGAUUUGGUGCUGGUGAAGGGAGAUCCGACGGAGCGUUUGGAUGAUUUUUGGGACAAGGAGAAGGGGAUACAGGGAGUCUGGAAGCUGGGUUGGAAGGCGAUUUGA